CGCUCUCUCAGGCCCCCCUUCCCACGCCCAGUGCGCUGUGGGAUAGUGGCACUAUAAAGUAUAUCCUCUCUCGGAGAAAGAUAAGAAGCCCGAGACGGGAGGGGAUGAAGAUGGCGGACGCCAAGCAAAAAAGGAACGAACAGUUGAAACGGUGGUUAGGGUCGGAGACAGACAUCGAGCCUCCUAUUCUGAAAAAGAAGAAGACGAAGGUGAAGUUCGACGAUGGCGCCGUGUUUUUGGCUGCCUGCUCAAGCGGCGAUACUGAGGAGGUGCUCCGAAUGAUUGACCGGGGUGCUGACAUCAACUACGCCAAUGUAGACGGUCUGACUGCCCUCCACCAGGCGUGCAUAGAUGACAACGUGGACAUGGUGACGUUCCUGGUGGAGCAUGGGGCUGCCAUCAACCAGCCCGACAAUGAGGGCUGGAUCCCCCUCCACGCCGCAGCCUCCUGUGGAUACAUGGACAUAGCAGAGUAUCUGAUUGGCCAGGGAGCCAGUGUGGGGGUGGUGAACAGUGAGGGGGAGACACCACUGGACAUCGCUGAGGAGGAGGCCAUGGAGGAGCUCCUGAAGAAUGAGAUCAACCGACAAGGCGUGGACAUCGAGGCGGCCAGGAAGGAGGAGGAGCGGAUCAUGCUGAGGGAUGCCCGGCAGUGGCUCAACAGCGGAACCAUAAACGACGUCCGACACGCCAAGUCCGGGGGGACUGCCCUCCACGUCGCUGCCGCCAAGGGAUACGCUGAGGUUUUAAAGCUUUUAAUCCAAGCAGGGUAUGAUGUAAAUAUUAAAGACUUUGACGGCUGGACCCCGCUCCACGCUGCUUCACAUUGGGGCAAAGAGGAGGCCUGCAAGAUACUGGUGGAGAACCUGUGUGACAUGGACCUUAUCAAUAAAGUGGGUCAGACGGCUUUUGAUGUUGCAGAUGAAGAUGUCCUUGGCUACUUAGAGGAAUUACAGAAAAAGCAGAAUCUGCUCAAUAGUGAAAAGAAGGAUGUUAAGAAGUCUCCCUUGAUAGAAACGACGACCACUGGGGACAACAAUCAAAAUCUAAUAUCCAUUAAGAGCAAAGAGACCCUCUUGGAGCCCGAGAAGCCCGCCCCGCGCAUCGAGACCCUGGAACCGGAGAAGGUGGACGAGGAAGAGGAGGGCAAGAAGGACCAGGAGUCCAGCUGCUCCAGCGAGGAGGAAGAGGAGGAAGACUCGGAGUCUGAGACUGAAGCUGACAAGAGCAAGACGCCUGUCCCUGUGAGCAACAGUAACGGCACUACUGUGGUGCCAACGCCGACCAGCGUUACGGUGUCCACCUCCCCAACCAGCCCCACUAACCAGGUGACUCUCACCUCGCCUGUCAAGAAGGUCUCCCAGCAGGUGUCCUCUGCCGGUAAGGUCUCCCCUAAAGAGGUCUCCCCUAAAGAGGUCUCCCCUAAAGAGGUCUCCCCUAAAGAGGUCUCCCCUAAAGAUAAACAGGAGGAUGACAAGACUAAGAAAUCGGACGAGUCCCCGGCGUCAUGGCGCCUGGGCCUGAGGAAGACGGGCAGCUACGGGGCGCUGGCGGAGAUCACUGCCACUAAGGAGGCUCAGAAGGAGAAGGACACGGCCGGGGUGAUGCGCUCGGCCUCCAGCCCCCGCCUUUCCUCCUCCCUGGACAACAAGGACAAAGAGAAGGAAAAAGACAAAGGAGCCAGACUUGCCUACGUUGCCCCCACCAUCCCCAGGAGACUGGCCAGUACAUCAGACAUUGACGAGAAGGAGAACAGGGACUCUGCUGCUAGUCUGGUACGUAGUGGCUCCUACACCAGGAGACGCUGGGACGAUGAGCUGAAGAACAGUGAAGGAAGCGCUUCCACCAACCGAACAACACCCAGCUAUCAGCGCAGCACGUCCCACACGCUAACGCUAGGGCGGAGCGGCAGCACGCGGGACGUGCCAGCCAAGUCCUCGUCUGCCUCCAGCUUGGACCCUAUCACCUGUAACACUAAACCCUGGCAGUCACCCACCUCCCACUACCAGUCUUGCAGCAUUUACCGCAGUGGUUCCUUUGGCAGGAGGCACGAGGACCUGGGUUCGACCACCUCUUCCUCCACUAGCACUACCACCACCACCUCGUCUGUUACCUCGCCCACCGGCCACCGUGACCGCAGCCUGAUCUCCAGCCUGGGCUCCUCCACCCGCACCGGAUCCUCCAGCCUCACCAGCAGGUACUGGGCAGAGGAGAGUGCGGAGAGGGAAAAGGAGCGGGAGAAGGAGUCUGCGGCAGUCAUCCCUACGAUUAACACUGGUUCUACCACCACCACCACGUCCACUACUGGCACUAUCAUUGGCUCUGACGGCAGGGAGAGACGCAGAUCGUACCUCACGCCUGUCCGGGAUGAAGAGUCGGAGUCCCAGAGGAAAGCCCGCUCCAGACAUGCUAGACAGUCCAGACGGUCUACCCAGGGUGUGACUCUGACUGACCUCCAAGAGGCAGAGAAGACAAUCGGCAGGAGCCGCCCCACACGGACCUGGGAGGAGGAGAAGGAAGAGAAGGAGAAACAAGACAAGGAGAAGCAAGAGGAGAAGGAGACUGGUGAGACCAAGGAGGACGACUACCGGUCGAGGUACCGCAGCUUCGAAGAGACUUACCAGCGCUUCCGUCCCUCCACCACCUCGACCACCUCCACCCUGAGCACGGCCUCCACCCCGUCCUCCACCACCUCCAGCUCCCUCAACAGGCCCAACAGCCUGAGCGGCAUCACUUCCUCCUCCAGCUCCCUCAACAGGCCCAACAGCCUGACGGGCAUCACCUCUUCCUACAGCCGCUCCUCCAGGGACACUGAGAAAGAAUCCGACAAGAAGCAGCAGGAGGAGGAAAAGGAGGGAGAGGAUAAGUCCCAGCCCCGCUCCAUACGUGAUCGCCGGCGGCCCCGUGAGAAGAGACGCUCCACCGGGGUGUCUUUCUGGACCCAAGAUGGGAGUGAUGACAAUGACCCAGACCAAUCGGCGGACUCGGAGGAAGGCAGCAUCAAGGGUGAACCUCAGAGCGACCGACUGUCCAGGAAUGAGAGCAGCACUUCCUCUUCCGACCGCUAUGACCAUCUGGGUGUCUACGGCGAGGGUCGCAGGUCAUUCUCAAGCAGGCUGGACCGAGACGAUAGCACUGACUACAAGAAGCUUUAUGAGCAGAUCCUAGCUGAGAAUGAGAAGCUGAAGUCCCAGUUACGUGACACAGACCUGCAGCUGAAUGACUUGAAGCUACAGCUGGAGAAGGCCACACAGAGGCAGGAGCGCUUUGCUGACCGGUCGCAGCUUGAGAUGGAGAAAAGGGAAAGAAGAGCUCUAGAAAGGAAGAUCUCUGAGAUGGAGGAGGAACUCAAGACGCUACCAGACUUGAAAGCAGACAACCAGAGACUAAAGGACGAGAACGGCGCUCUUAUUCGAGUCAUUAGCAAGCUUUCCAAGUAGAACAGCCCCCCCCCCCCCGCCCUCCUGCGCCCGCCCACUCCUCCAUGGCAGUGACUAAUGGAAUUGCAACUUUUAGGUAUUAAUUGCAAGAGACAUCCGCAACAAGACUCCUUCUCAGCUCUUCUAUCCCUCUCUCCUCUCCCACCACCACAGCGUCCUCCAUGUCCUCCCUCUCUCCAUUAGGUUAUUCUCCACUUCAACCUGUGGCUGCUCUCCAGAUAGAACCACUGAGUUUACAUUAGCAGAGGAUAGGGUUGUGAACGGCAUGUAAAAGCGUUUGCGGGCGGGGAAGCCUCAACUAUUUAACCAAUAAGCCUUAGUUGUACAUAAAACACUUGUAUCGAUCUCUCGGCUGUCACAGAAGGACAGUUAUUUCACAUCUGAUUUUAUUUGUGCCACAAACUCUUAUUUGGUCUUUUUGUUUUCAUUUCCUGUUUGUUCCUUGACCUACAUACAAGGGUUGUGCGAUGUGUAGUUGUCCUAUUCUUUCUGACCCCCUCUCCCCCCAGAAGAAGUCCUCCCCGUUUUUGGAGGCUCUGCCUCACAGCAGAAGACUUCUCAGUCGUACCCCGUCUUAGUGCACGCAACCCCCCCCCACCCCGAAACACACACCACACAAGCACACGCACACACCUCUAUCCACGCCACUCACCCCCUUUCCAUUUCUGUACCUUUGUGUGUCUCCCUCAGAGGUAAAUGGAAUUAUCGCUUUACAGAACAGGUGGACUUGGUGGAAUUUAAGCUUUCACUGUAUGUGCAAUAUGCAUUUAUUUCUAAUAAAAAUGCUUUAAUGAUCAGUCCAUCACUAGUAGGAUUUUCACUCCUCUUCCAUCUUUCCAUCGCUCACCCCUUUCACCGACCCCCCCCCCCCCCCCCCCCUCUUUUCUUUAAGGUUGUAGUGUAGUUUCUACUCUGUAUUUCUCACUUCGUUUUAGCAGGUACUGAGUGAUGCUGUAUAUACCUGUAUGUAUCGUUUGAGACCAGCACAUGGCAUGCAUUUAUGGUUCCCGUCUGUUACUAUUAAAAAUAUACAAACUCCAGAGGACAAAAAAAGUGUGUUUUUAACUAUUUUCUUCAUUUAUAGUCUAAAGACAUUGGAUUACAAUAGGGCCUCUCUCUUAAAGGGAAUGGCUGGCAGUGUUCAGUGCUUUUUCUUUCCAGUUUUAAGUGUUCACGGUAAUUGUGAGAUACAAAUAAUAUAAUUGCUUCACUACAUUUCACACAUUGUAUUCAGUAUCUUUGGAUGAGUGCUGUUCAUUUUCUUUUCAGUUGUUUUUUAAGCCGUAGUAUUAGCCAAGGUGUUGUCACUAAAAGAUCCUAGGUAUUGCUAACCCAGUCCUUUUUACAAUGUCUACAUGCACUGUCAAUGCCAUGUGAGGAGUAUUUGAUGUCAGCCACCAUCAAAUAAAGUCCAUGCAUCAAACACAUUUUAUGCAUUUCAGUGGCCUUUUUAAGGAUACUGUAGUAAAGAAACCGUUUCUGUAGUUGGACUGUUGGCCAUCUCCUCUUUUGGUUUACAUUUUUGCUGUUUUUCCUUUUUAAAUUUUCCAUCUUGUAAAAUAGGCGUGUGGCUUCAUACAUGCGAGCUGUGCUGUGACUACCAACCACUGAAGAGUUCAUUAAAAAUAAACUUGUACAUUGUAAAGCC